AUCCACCCGUUCACUACCCAUCGCCUUUGCUACACCGCAGCAGGCAUCCUCCCUUGUCCCCUCUUUUCUCCGCCCCCCACAGCUGUUCAUACUCUCCACCUUGUUCUCCUCACCCUCCUGAUCCCCGCUACCAAACUCAAAACGCUUCCCCAUGGCGUCGCAACACGGUUAUCAGUCCAAUUCGGUCCCUGCGCCCAACGACCCCAGUCACUUGAGCAGAGGUUAUGGCGACUCCUCACACCUCAAUGUUGAUGUCAACGAUUUCGGCAGCAUGCCAGCCAACCACACCGAAUCCUCUCCGCUCGCCCAAUCCCUCCCCGAAGCCCAACGCCGAGGCCGCUUCGAAGAAACCUUUGACGCCCGCACCCGAGGCUCCUCCAUUAUCGACCCCAACGAAAGAUUGGAACGCUCAACCUCGCGCGCGUCAACUCUGAACCAAGGUGCUGCGCCCUCGCGAAGUGGUACCCUCAAAAAACGAUCCUCCGUCAAGCGCUCCGGCAGCUUGAAGCGCAGUGGCAGCCGCAAGAGCUUGCAUGCUGGGAGCAUACGCGGUGUCAGUAUCGAAGAUGAAGGCCCCGCCUCUUCCAAACACAACAAUGUCUUCUAUACACCUGUGCCUACCUCGGGAUCGCCUACCGAGAUUCUUGCCAAUCGCUUUCAGGCAUGGCGCAAGUUGCUCAAAGACCUCAUCGCUUACUUCCGGGAGGUCGCGACUUCAUAUGAACACCGCGCUAAAGCCCUCCUCAAAGUCUCCAACGUCAUCAACAAUACAAACGCCCCGACCCUAUUUCUGACAGAAGGUGGCUUGAACGAUGCCAAUCGCAUUCUGCGCGACUAUCACAAGCAGUCCGUGGCCGAAGCGAAUAAAGCCAAGGACAUUCAGGGGGAAAUCAUCAACCAACUGUCAGGUCUCCGGGCUGACCUGAGCCACAAGAUCAAGGAGAUCAAAUCGCUCAGUGGUGAUUUCAAGAAUUCGGUCGAAAAGGAAAAGGAGGUGACCCGGAAAUGUGUAGCAGCCCUCGAAGAAUCUCUGUCUCUGGUGGACUUGGACCCCGCUGCUAUUGCUGGCAAGGGCGAUCCCUUUGUUGUCAGGCUUGGCGUUGAAAGGCAAGUUGAGCGGCAGAUUGAUGAGGAGAACUAUUUGCACCGCGCCUAUCUGAAUUUGGAAAAUUCCGGGCGCGAGCUGGAGUCUAUUGUCGUGGGCGAAAUCCAAAAGGCCUACAACGCCUUGGCCAAUAUCCUCAAACGCGAGGCUGACGAGAGCUACUCCACUAUUGAGAGACUUCGCAGCGGGCCCGUCGGCAUGCCUAGAGACCAGGAAUGGAAUGAGUUUGUUACCCAAGAUCCUCACUUCGUGAAUCCAAGCAUCUCCCUCAGAAGACUUGAAGAUAUUGAGUAUCCCGGAAAGCACCAUCCUGCUGCCGCAGAGGUAAGAGCGGGAAUGCUCGAGAGAAAGUCAAAGUACUUGAAGAGUUAUACACCCGGAUGGUACGUGCUGUCGCCAACACAUCUGCACGAGUUCAAGAGCGCGGAUCGUAUUUACACUCAGCCUCCCGUGAUGUCAUUGCUUUUGUCCGAUCAAAAGCUCGGAAGCCAUUCACAGCCAGGCAGUAGUUCACAUAAAUUCGUACUCAAAGGCAGACAAACUGGGUCAAUGCACCGAGGACAUACUUGGGUCUUCAGGGCCGAAACCUACGAUACCAUGUUAGCCUGGCGAGACGAUAUUCAAAAUCUGAUUGACAAAACUGGUGAUGAGCGCAACGCCUUUGUGCGUCGAACAACCUCCCACAGGCGCAGCAUCAGCGCAGGAAGCACACGAUCUUUCAGCUCAGGAGGUGGUGACUUGGAUGAAGACGAGGCAGAUGCCGUUCCAUUCUCCGCUAGCCAGUCGUUGGUCGGACAGCAGCCGCAGGAGGCCGAGCCGCAACCGAGACCGAGUCCAGGUGGGCGAUUUCCAUCUGAUAUCCAGGUACAACGUCACUUACAAACGCCUCGUGUGCCCUCCAGUCGCAGCUCGUCGGAGAUCGGUCAAGAUGUAACCACCAUAUCCGGUGGUUUACAAGGUUCCCACCCACCUAAUAUGGCCGCGGCAGCUCCCUACGAUUCCGUCCAUCAAGAGUACCACUCAAACGCCAACGAAAACCCAUACGAAUACAAUCCAAACCGCGCAAACCAACAGCAUGUUCCUCCUCCGUUACAGCAGCAAGAUUCUUACUUUGAAAAGAACCCCCCUAGAAAUUACACGUCGGAACCCCAUCCUUCAUAUGACUAUGAUCCAUCCCAAAACUUGACGCAAGACAAUUACCAGCCUCGGCCCCGUGACAAUCUAGCCGCUUAUUCGAACGGUCCCGAGCAACGGCCUUUGAGCGAUUAUGCCGAUUGGAUGAGUCCCGCCGCUGGCACAGUGGCUGGAGCAGCCGUAGGAGCUGUCGGGGCUGAUGCUUACCAUCGUCAUCAGCAAGAGCAGCAGCGGGAGAUGGAUGCUCAUUAUGAUCCCGCAGACAUUCAACCUCUUCCUGAGCGCCAUCCCGAUCAUAUAGCGCCUAUCAAUCCCACUGGAACACUGACCCCAGCCCCUGGAGUAUCUACAACUGAAAUUCAUGCUCCCUCGCCGCUAUCUUUCACCAAUGUCGCCGACCAGUCUUUUUUAGACGGGGCUCAGGUACUCCCCAGUAGAUUCUCUACAACCACCGCCGGUACCUUCAGCCCAUCCAUUGCCGGCGAGAAAGUCGAUGGCGGUCCAGUCCUCAUUCCCGGCACCAACGCACCGGUGGAACCUCCGUCUGUGAAAAGACAGAACACCGAUUUUAGUGUCUCGGAUCUGCAUGUUCCGGGUGAGUAUCCUAAGGGUUCUGGGCCUGCGAAAGUUUAG